AUGGCACCUCAGAUCCCUACAAUCGCGGAAAUACGCACAUCCACCGAAGUACUCAGCCCUCCUGAUGCGUCGGCUACUGUUGUGAAAGUUGGCGAAAGUUUUGCAGUCAAUUUCGGCCAUAACGUCUCCUCUGAAGAAGCUGAGGCCUUCCAAUCCAUCUCAUCCAACACUGAGGUUCCUGUACCGAAAUUCUAUGCAACGUUGGUGGAGCCAGAUACCGCUAUCAACUUCAUCGUUAUGGAGUAUGUCAACGGCAAGAGUCUAGGAGAUCUCUGGCCAACCCUUGGAGUUCCCGACAGGCUACAAAUUACCAAUCAACUUCGUGCUGCUUUACGGGAGUUGUGUAGCCUUGAACCGCCUUCUUAUCUGGGCUCUCUCAAUCGAAAGCCCUUAAGUGAUGGAGUUUUCUGGACCCCGGAUCAGAACCCAGCCAAGUUAGGUCCUUUCGAGACCGAGGACGACCUCAAUGAAGGGAUACUUGAAAGGCUAGCGGAACAUGAACCCCGGGCACAUCUCACACUGCUACGCACACUCAUCACUGCGACGUUGCGAGAUCACAAGGUGAAGUUCACACAUGGGGAUCUGCAACCUAAGAAUAUCCUUGUCAAAAGCACUGGAUUGAAUUAUCCUCCUUAUGAGAUCAAAAUUAUAGACUGGGAGAUUUCAGGUUGGUAUCCGGAGUACUAG